GUAAACAAGCAUGAGAAUUUAUUUUUUGUUAUUCUUUUGGGUUUCAUCAAUUUGUUUACAUUGUUUCUCUUGAGCAAUUUAAAUGUUUAAUUAAAUUCUUAAUUGUCAUGUUUUCUAGUAGAAUUGUUAGAAUUAAAUUACCUUCAAAUUUAAUUGUAAGUAAUUCGAGUGAUUCAAUUCGUUCCCUGACAAAGCUUGUUACCAAAUAUGAGCUACAUGAAGAUGUCAAUGAAAAACUGAAUCAGGGUUUGCGUCACAGGGAACAUCCUGGUCGAAGGUCAUUACCUUGUGUCAGUUUACCUUAUAUCUUGGAGUCUGCAGCUCAGAAAGUUAUCUCAAAAUACAAGAGAAAAACUUUUAGAGAUGAUGUUCGACGAAUGUACAAUCAAUUUCACCAUCGACAAUUACCCGCUGAGGCCGCUGAGAUUCAUGAGAAAUACAAGGAAAUUGAAUAUCGUUUCGUAGAGAAAGAGAAGUUCAUUGUAGAUGAUCUUGAUCCAAUUGCCAAGGAAGAAGCCUUAAGAAAACGACAAGAAAAGAUUCAAUCAGCGUUGAAAAGGGAAAUUUACAAUUGGCAGCGAUUUGAUUACGAUGAAUAUAAUAGUGUAGUUUAUAUGACUGCACGAUUACCUCCUAAUUACGCAGCAAUCAAACACGUUUUCAAUGAGAUAAAAUGUGAUUACCCAGAAUUCAAGCCUAGAACUUUGUUUGAUUUCGGUUCGGGUGUUGGUACAACAAUUUGGGCGGCCAAUGAAAUUUGGCCUAAUUCAUUUUCGGAAUAUUUUUGUGUUGAUAUUUCCCAUCAUGCUCAUGAUAUCGCUCGACUUUUACUUAAACAAGGUAAUGAAAAUUCACCUCUAGUUUACGAGGGUGUUUUCACACGGCAAUUUUUACCAGUUUCACAUAAUAUUAAAUAUGAUAUCGUUGUAAGUGCCUACUCUUUGUUGGAACUUCCAUCACUUGCAUCUCGAGUUCAAACUAUUGAAAAUCUUUGGCAUAAAACGGAGGAUCUUCUGGUGAUCAUUGAACAUGGUAAAAAAUCAGGUUUCAUGGCUGUUCUGGAAGCACGGAAUUUAGUCCUUCAAAUGACUGGACACAAAGUGACCGAUACUUUCAACGUUGAUGAUUCAGUUAACCAAGUUAUCCAAUCAAAUGAGUUUCCAGCUUCAAGCAUCAUGGCUCCUUGUCCACAUAAUUAUCCAUGUCCAAAACUGUUCACUGGUCAAAUCAGCCCUUGUAAUUUUUCAAUCUCAUAUGAACAUUUGGAUAUCUCAGAUUUUCGUAAGAUUCUUUGGGGAACUCGUGAGGAAUUUUCUUACUGUGUAAUUCAAAAGAAACCAAUCUCACUUGGAGAUAAUCCUCCAUGGCCUCGGGUGAUUAGUCCAGUUAUCAAAAAACAGAAACGAGCCACAUGUAAAUUAUGUUGUCCUGAUGGUACAAUGAAAACAAUUAGUGUAAACAAAAACAGACAACCAAAAAAUUUGUACAAUCUGGUUAGACUGAGCAAAUGGAGUGACAAGUUACCGGUGACAAUAUCUCAAGAGCUAAAGGAGAUGACAAUUCCUGAAUCCAAAUCAACCGAUAAUCAAGACGAUGGAAACAAUUUAGAAGAAGUAGAAGAAGAUGAAACUAAUCCAGAUGAAAUUAACUCGUCACAACAAUCAACUAAUCAACAACAACAAGGAUCACAAGCUUCUAAAAAUUUAGACGAAAUCAAAUCUAAGGAGACAAAACAUUAACAAGAAUCAGAACAAAAUUAAACCAAAUCAAUCGAUCAUCAUAAUUGUUACCAAACUUUUACUAAAAGAAAUAAAAAUAGAAUGACAAUUAA